GAAUUAAUCAUUUACAGGAUGAGGAAGUGGCCUCUCCGAAACAUUUUCCUCUUUCACAUUUUAAACUUUCUCUUUCACAUACAGCCUACUCAUGAAAGUAACUAGGAGGAAGGAUAUUAUCAAGUGAUGCAAACAGAAAUUCCACCAGCCUCCAGAUAUCAUUAUGUGUCAUAUCCCGUCAAGUUCUGUGAGCUUUCGCUUCAAAUCGCCUCAGCCACCUCCAGGUGAACAACAAGCUCAAGACUUCGCGUUUCAGCAGGCAGAAGAUGACGGACUGUGAGUUUGGAUAUAUUCACAUGCUGACCCAGGACUAUCUGAAGUACGUCCUGCAGAUACCACAACCCGGAUCUGGUCCAAGCAAAACAUCCAGAGUGUUACAAGACAUUGCUUUCUCAGUUCAAAACGAAGUUGAGAAGAAUCUGAAACCAUGCUUGGACAAUUUUGAUGUUGUGUCCAUAGAUUCUGCCAGAACAAUAUUCAAUCAAGUGAUGGAAAAGGAAUUUGAAGAUGGCAUCAUUAACUGGGGAAGAAUUGUGACCAUAUUUGCAUUUGAAGGUAUUCUCAUCAAGAAACUUCUACCAGAGCGAAUUGCCCCAGAUGUGGAUACUUACAAGGAGAUUUCUUACUUUGUUGCUGAGUUCAUAACGAAAAACACAGGAGAAUGGAUAAGGCAAAAUGGAGGCUGGGAAAAUGGCUUUGUAAAGAAGUUUGAACCCAAAUCUGGCUGGCUGACUUUUCUGGAAGUUACUGGAAAGAUCUGUGAAAUAUUAUUUUUCCUGAAGCAAUACUAUUGACCAAAAAGGACACUCCAUCUUGGGAAAACUGCCUAAUUUUCUUGACUCUAACAAGAAGUAUUGCCAAUACUUAUUUCUUCUAAACAAACAGCUUUGGUGAUGUACGUUGACAUUCCAGAGUUACAGAAAUUUUGUCCGUUUUUUAAUGAAUAAAUUGUAUGUAUUUGUCUCUAUAUGUAA